AACAUGUUUAUAUUCCGCUCUGGAAGGAAUUAUGGUUCCUAUAUUGUCAAUGAGAAACCAGACAUCAGUUUCAAGGAGAGGUUUGAGAACUCCUUUUCUCCUGGAAGUAAAGGGGCCUCCCACCUCCUUCUCCUGGAGGAAGGACCACAUCUCCUUCAGAAGGAAACCGUUCAAUACUUCUCCAAUGAAUAUCUUAGUUUUAUCGAGAACAAUGAGAAGAAGAUAAACGAGUUAAAUGUUGAAUCCCAAGAACCAAACCCUGAUGAAGUAACGACCCCUAACUCUCAAAUCAUUCCCUGGAAGCUCAUUGAAUCACGGAGAGAUCCGUCAGUGGAAGAUCAUACAGGAGAAGAUCUUUCAAGAGCUGAUCCAGCAAAAGAUAAUGAUCUUCCAGCAAAAGAUCAUAAUGAAACAGAUCCUGAAGACCCCGAUCAACCUUUGGAAGAAGAUCCUACUUACGCUGAUGACCCUACAGCAGAAGAUCCUGCAAAUGCUGAAGAUCCAGUCGUAGAAGAUCCUGAAAAUGCUGAAGAUCCUUCCGACCAAACUGCAGUUGAAAAAAACCUUGAAAAUGAUCUAAGAUCUGCAGAGAUUGGGGCAGCUGCUAUUGUCAUCACAGAGGCAGACGAGGAGAACAUUGAUCCGGAGAAGAACCACAAUCUUAACUUUGCCACUGUUCACAGAAAACUCAGGAAUGCUCCCCGAGUUCAAACUUCUCAGAAUGCGGCUCAGAAGAAAAUGAAAAAUGUUAAGGAUAUACACCGAGAGCAGACAUCCUCAAAAUCCACCUAUAAACCUAACCCGGAGAAGCAGUACCCGGAAAGAAAGAACGGAAAAGAUCUAUAUCAGGCUGGAGAAGGAGAAGAGGAAUUAAGAGCAGCAUCACUGACGCAGACUGAAGAUAACCCUGUUCACUUUAUUCAUUCAACUCCGAGAGAGCAGGAGUUGGAAGAUGAUAAUAGAACCCUGCAUACUCCUAAUAUUGCUGUUAGUUUGCCGGUGGACAGCUGUAUGUUUAGUGAGAUCCUAGAGGAGCUAGAUAUACCAGAGAACCCAGAGUCUAGUAAUAAACCAUCGGAGAAGAGAACUGUAACUUUUGAUCCUAUCGUUCAGAGUAUGUCGGCUAACGAAUCGACGGAGAAAAAGAAGAAAGGAAAAAGGUCGAACAGAAAGGAAGAUGCCAGGAACCACAAAUCUGAGGUUUUAGAUGUCAGGACGAAUAUCGGAGACAAGAUGACGAAUAUCGUAGACGUGAGGACGAAUAUCGGAGAAGAGAGGACGGAACAAGGACAGGACGAGACAAGAGCUGAGAAUGAACUGCAGCAGGGACAAAUAAAUAAAACCCUUGUGAUUCAUCAGACCAGGAGUCACGUGAUCAGCUUGGAGAACUCUAGAUACCCUGCUCUAGUUAUUCAUAAAUAUACAAGUGAUGGGAAGCCAAGCCACCUAACUCCAGAUGUUGGAGAAAUAGUGUUCCUUCAUGGCAGGGUUAACUUUGCCUGGUACUGUGCAGAGUACAGGGGAGCAACAGGAUUUAUCCCUGCAACUCAUGUCAAGAUCCUUCCAACAGAUUCCCCGCCGCAAGAUGUUGCUCAGGCAAUUUGUAUUACCAAAUUCCUGGGAAGACAGGUGAAUGAGUUGACCGCCGAAGUUGGAGAUUUGAUAAGUGUUCUACGUCGAGUUAACCCUGCCUGGUUCCUCGCCAAAUCACAAGGCAAGGUUGGGUUCAUCCCAGCACAGAACCUAGAGAUUAUCUCAGGGAGUACUUAGAAAAAAAGAUUCAACUGAAUACAGACAAUCAACUAGAGCCUGGUAGCGUGAAAAUAUAGUUUUUUCAGAGAAAUAAUUGUAAAAUAUUAUUAUAUAAUAAUAUACAU